CUGUUUGCUAAGCUGCAGGCCGUGAAGGCUGAAAUCCAUGACAUCCAGGAGGCACACAUCAAGGAGCGCCAGGACCUGGAACAGAACCAGAACGAACUCACCAGGGACCUCAAACUCAAGCAUCUGAUCAUUGAGAACUUCAUCCCCUUAGAGGAAAAGAACAAAAUAGUCAACAGGGCUUAUUUUGAUGAGGAGGAUGAAUACUGGAAAAUGAAGCCCAUCACACGCAUGGAGGAUGACCAUCAGAUGAUGACCAGGCCUCUUUCUGCAGUCGGCUACAGGAGGCCUCUCAGUCACCACGCUCGCAUGGCCAUGAAGAUGGUUAGGCCUGACCCUAGAUACAAA